AUGUACAACCCCAAAACCCUCUUACUCGCUCUCCUCCUCUCCCUAGCUCUGGUCAUCGCAGCAUCGGGAAAAGCCAAAGAUCAACUUCAGAUCGGAAUCAAAUACAAACCUGAAGAAUGUCCUAUCAAAACUAGGAAAGGUGAUAAAUUAAGUAUGCAUUACACUGGAACUUUGGCAAAGGAUGGAAGUAAAUUUGAUAGUUCUUUAGAUAGGAAUCAACCUUUUGAGUUUACACUCGGUGCUGGACAAGUGAUCAGAGGAUGGGAUCAAGGAUUAUUAGAUAUGUGUAUUAGUGAAAAGAGGAAAUUGACUAUCCCACAUGAAUUGGCUUAUGGCGAAAGAGGUCAUCCUCCCGUCAUCCCACCUCAAAGUACUUUGGUUUUCGAAGUGGAAUUGUUGGGUAUCAAGAAUAGGUUCGUGGAUGAGUUAUAG